UUGGGUUCCUCUUAUCUGUCUAGAGUCCAGAGUCUCUCUAUCUACUGAAUCCUCUCAUUAUCAAUUUCUUCCAUCUCAGCUCUUCUUCUAAAUCUUAUCAAGAAAAUAAUACUAAACAGACUUCUAGCUCCUCUGAACUACUCGUUGCUAGUGGCUGAUAAAUUAAAAGCAGUUUCUCCAACAGCGCUAGUGGUGGUUAUUCGAGACAUUUAUUCGAUUAUUCCCCUUCUUUUUUCCGGUAAAGCUAUUUUGGGUCACAGCCUUUCUUUUCUUUUCUUUACCUGUGCAACUUUCCAUGAAAAUUUCUUACUUUUUCUUUGAGUUACUACUUACUACCAGUUUUUGUUCACUCUCUCUCAUUCACUCUCUGUCUCCUUGCCGUACUCUUGUUCUUUAAUGUUUCUUCACCCCGAGUUCGUUUAUUUCAAUCUUACUAUAACAUUUCCCUCUUCUCUCUUUUUUUAGUGUAACUUUCCUUGAAAUUUCUCGUCCUUUAAUGAUACUUUUGAAAGAGAAAAGGAAAAAAAGAGUAUUCAAUCAUCUCCGUUUCAAGGCUUCUCUUUAACGUUGUGUUCUUUCUCUCAACUUUCUUUAUAUCCUCUGUCUCUCUUUCUUUAUUCUCCCUCGUGUCCAGUCUCAAAGGAAUCUACUCUCUUUUCUUUUUUUCAUUCUCUCUAUUUCACGCUCUCCUCCUCCCUCACUUCACUUUCAAUGCGAAUCUGAAAGAACCCAAAAAUAGUAAGCAGAAAAGCAACAGACAAAAACCCAAGCCCGCUUCUCGAAAUGGAUCAAAAUAGUCUUAUGUCCAUGAAUCCAGUCAAGUUCAGCGAACAUCGAAAUCACACAAAAGUUUUAAGGCCAUUGUCAAAUCCGGCGCCAGAGGCCAAACCACCCAGAGUUGUGCGGAUAUCAGUAACUGACGCAGACGCUACCGACUCUUCCAGCGACGAAGAAGGUGACUUCUACAGAAAACAGAGAGUGAAGAAAUUUGUUAACGAGAUUACGAUAGAGUCAUGUUCAGGAGAAAGCGACGGUAUUUGGAGAAGCAGGUCAUCGAGAAGUAGCCGGAGAAAGUCUUCUUCAGCAAAAACCGGUGGUGGUCCGGCGAGGGUGCUGAUGGUGAGGGGUACAACAGCAGGAGCGGGGAAAAAGUUUAGAGGUGUGAGACAGAGGCCUUGGGGAAAAUGGGCGGCCGAGAUCAGGGAUCCUCUUAGACGUGUACGGCUGUGGUUGGGCACCUACGACACUGCAGAAGAAGCCGCAAGGGUGUAUGACAACGCGGCUAUUCAAUUGCGUGGACCCGACGCGCUCACCAACUUUACGACUCCUCCAGCCAAAUGUUCCCCACCUACUCCUACUACUAAGCCGGCGGUUAGCUCCGGUUACAACUCCGGUGAGGAAUCUCACAAUAACAACAGAGUCUGCUCACCAACUUCGGUUCUUAGAUUUCCUUCCUCAACUUCCUCGAACGAAGAAGCCGAAUCUCAAAGUGUUCUUUCGAGCAAAGAAGUCCAAGAAUUCGGAAACGGAGCCCGAGAAAUCAAAGAAGAAUCCUGCGUAUCCGAGAACUUAUCGAAUUUCUCAGAGUAUUCUUCUAUUGACACUUUGUUUUCCAAUGACAUUUUUGACUUCCAGAAUUCCAUAUCCGACAUAUUUCAAGAAACGAGUAUGGAAGACGGUUUUUUGAAAGAUGAUUUCGGAGAAAUGUUUACUGAUUGCAUCAGAGAUUUGGAUUUCGGGUUCACAAAUUGGAAUGUGGAUGACGAUUUUCAAGACAUUGGUGACUUGUUCGGGUCGGAUCCUCUCAUAGCCUUUUGAAACAAUACUAUGUCAAAUAUCGGCACUGUAACUUUGCCGUUUUGCCGUCAGAUGUGUCGUAUUAUCAGUUUUGCUUUUAUUUUUGUUUUUUAUUUUAAUUUACGUGUGAAGAUGAGUAUUGUAAGAGAAAAAGAAAUGAAAGGCCGUCACGGUAACGGUGGCAGCCAAGUUUUUGGUUA